UCUUUAAACGCGAAAUUAUGCGAACGAGUUAAGCGUGCACGGGCAUAAAAAGAAUAAAGGGGUUAAAGUAUGAAAAUAUCUCCACAAAUCCAACAGGCAUGAGGCUGGGGACUAGAGGGCGCGGUGGGCACACCCCGGGUGAGCUUUCAGUGCUCGCCCGGACAUCGUUCCGACUGGACGUCUGUUUGUUUUUUGUUAUCAACUCGUUGGCACCAACUUCUCCGGAACGAACGGACAGUAAGAAUGAACGGGUUCGUUGCUUUCAAUGUCUGUUAAUCGACAAUGUGAAGUGUCCAUUGUGUUUAAAAGCGAUACUUUUAGUAAGUGUUUCGCGCAGGGGAAAGGAAAUUACUCUUAUACUGAAAUGUUCAGGACUUAACUUGCAGAUUAAUUCGGAGUUAAGGAGUACGAAAGUAAAGCACAAAAUUUACUUCAAACAAGAUGGUAAUAAUCGUCGGUCGAAUAUGUGUGCGCACGGGUGUCGUGGUGCUCGCGGUGGCAGGCGGCGCCUCGGCGCGUGUCGCUGGCAAAAUGGGCGGCUACUCCAACAAGAUGGGAGGAAAAUCGACGAGCGGCAUCAACGAAGAAAUAAUAUGGAUAAGCAUAAGUAUGGCAAUAGCGAUAGCUGUGCUGAUAGCAAUCGCGUUGUGUUACAUCCUGAAGGAGAAGUGCACUAAGCGGCAGUCGUACAGGGAACAGUCAUGACGAUACAAGCAGGAGUUCGCGCGGCACGCCCUUGCGGAUUCCCUCUCAGAGUUUGAGUUCCCCUCCUACACUCUGUACCCGCAGUACUCGCCCGACGGCACCGAAUACUUCUACAACUUCCAUCGCUUCUCAUACUUAAAAGACAGUUUUAAACUACCCCCAAAGGACUAUCCAAAGGAAUAUCCAAUAAAUUCUAUACAAAUAAAUGACGAUAUUUAUAUAAAUGCGUGAUUACAAGACGUAUGUCUCGCUUGAGGACGAUGUUCAUUAUGACGAAUUUACGCGACAAUGGUGUCGUACUGUACCAAGCAUUAAUUAUAAAUAUAUAUGUUAGAGAUAUAAUCUAUA